GGGCGGGGAGGCUGCGGGGAGCUGCGCCGUCCCGUCCUCCUUUCUCCCUCCCGGAGCCGUUAGUGCCGGCGGGAGCAGCCGCCGCGGGGCCGGGGGCGGUGCGGGCGCUGCAGGCUGCGUGUUUGUCGUGCCCGUGCAGGCGCGACACGGGUGAAAAGGGCUUUUUUAACAUGUUAUGUCCUGUUAACGAAGACUCUGUCUCGCCCUCGUAAGCCCGGCGCGGGGAGCCAUGGCGGGAGCGAUGACGCGCAUCGGCGACCAGCUCAUCCUAGAAGAAAACUACGAUGAGAUGUAUGUUCCCAGCGAGCAAGAAGUCCAGGACUAUGCACGGGAGAUCGGGAUUGACCCUGAGAAGGAGCCGGAGCUGAUGUGGCUGGCCAGGGAGGGCAUCGUGGCCCCGUUGCCCCCCGAGUGGAAGCCCUGCCAGCAUGUCACUGGUGACAUCUACUACUUCAACUUCGCCAACGGCGAGUCCAUGUGGGACCACCCCUGUGAUGACCACUACAAAAAGCUCGUCGUUCAGGAGCGGGAGAAGCUGCUGGCGUCUGGCAGCUUGAAGAAGAAGAAAGACAAGAAAAAGAAGAAAGACAAGAAAGAGAAGAAGGACAAGAAGGAGAAGCGACCCACCGAGAGUCCCCAGCCCGACCCCGAUAGCCAGGGUGGAGAGGAAGGCCAGGGGACACCAGCAGACGUCGGUGAUUCGGGGAGACUGUUUGCAGGCACGUGGCCCAACGAACCACCUCCUCUGCUUGUCCCAAAGUUCAGCAGAGCGCGCCAUCAGACCUUGCCUGAUGCGGAGGAACCUUCAGAAGAAGGCCUCUCUCCUAGCGGCUCGGACGUAGACAUGCAGCGGCACCCAGAGACACCUUUAGAAGUGCAAGGAGACCUCUGUCUCGAGUCCUCUGACUUGGAGUCUGAUUUGGAGGUUAGACAACCAGUGCAACCUCUCUGUGUGUCAAAGAAAACGUGUUCACAAGGCUCUAAGAAUGUCAAAACUCUGCUAGAGGUCCUUGAAGACCAAGUCCCACUCUCUGAGGAUGAAGAGCUGAAUGCAAAGUGGAAUGUGGAAGACAUGAUGGGUGAGUGUGUCCGUAAUGCUGAUCAUCACUUCUCAGCCAGAGAGAGCGCCACAGGACCAGAUGAAGACGCAGAAAGAAGAGCAGACACAUUGCGAGCCAGAGGGAAAGCAAGCCUUUACUGCAGGAACAAUGAAAUGGCUCUUUCUGAUGCCAUUUCUGAUCUCACAGAUGACUGGAGUUUGCAGGACAUGGCCGAUGGUCCACAUGCCCAGGAAGAGCUGAGAGCCCUUGGCAAAGUAUCUGGGAACAGCAAUGAGACACGAGUGCGGGAUGAGACUUUGGGUCAAGCCAUCGGUGUGUACGGCCGAGGUGAGAUCCCUGGCAGAGUGGAGAGAAAGGACCUGAAGCUGGUGGCAGUAGGAGCAGAUGCAGGAGGAGACGCUCGCGAUGUUGUGCUGGAGACCUGCUCUGCAGCCCCUCCAGAGACCACAGACACGCUGCCCCGCUGCCAAGGUGCUGCUGAAGGAGCAGGUGGGACUGAGCCCUCAGGCUCGCUGCCAUCGCCCGUCCUGGCGCCCCUGGGCACCGUGGGGACCCUGGCUCCGCUGCGCGGGCUGCCGGCCCCGGCCAGCGUCCUGCGGCCACCGGGCUGGGAGCCGGGCAGCCCGCGGGGCUGCGGAGCGGCCGCAGGGACACAGCCAGCGCAGACCUGUGAGCCCCCCACCCGCAGCAAGGGGCUGCCGGGCUUCCCCGGGCACGGCUCCGCAGACACCGCGGCCGCGGAGCGAGCGAGGAAGGAAGAGGACAGCGACGAUGAGAGCCUCCACGGGACAGCGAGACUGCUGAAAAACCUGCACGUGGACAUCAGCGCCCUGGGCGGCAGCUUUGACUCGGAGCAGGAGAAGGGCCGAGCGGAGGAGGGGAGCCGCGGCACGCGGUCGGCCGAGGCGGCCGCAGCCCCAGCCCAGCAGCACAGGGGUCCCGCGGAGGAGCCGGCCAGCCUGGCAGAGAGGGAGUCUUUAAAGUCAAGAUACGCUGAAGAGGGGCGAGAUUCUUCCUUGGAUUCUGCUGCCGCGUGCCCUCCGAGUCCCGGUGCCGUCCUUCCCGGCGAUGCUGGCAGCGGCCUGUCCGGCGCGGACGAGGAGGCCGAUGGGGAGCUGCCGGGGGGCCUGGAGGAGGAAGGUGACGUCUCUGCAGCCGCCGAGGUGCCGCGGUCUCUGGGCGAACACGGUGCGGCAGGGACGGACGUGCCCGGCGCUCCUGGGCUCCCUGCGCUGGCGUCUCCAGCGGCUGCGGCGGAUGGGCUGGCGAGCCCGGCUGCUGCCGCCCGCACCGCGUCCCGGGGAGAAGAGACGGCGCACGAGACGAGGGGAGAGGCGGCAGCUGAUGUGCAAACAGGCAGCAGGCGGGAUGCUGGCCAACUUUCCAGGGCAUCCGAGACCAGUGCCUGUGAGGAGGACUUGCCAGUCUCCAGCCGCUCGGACCGCGAGCCCAUUCGGCCCCUGGUCCUGGGCUUCCAGCGUCGGCUUUCUGAGCAGGUUCUGGGUGUGGAGGUCCUGUCUCCUGCCUUGGACAGCCCCACGUGCAAGGCCCAGGAGCUGGGAGAAGAGGAAAAAGAGCAGAGCAAGGCCAGUAUAGAGGAGGAGCAAAGCAAAAGAACCAAAGCGGCUGAGAGUGAGGGGGACCCAAGUGCCUGUGAAACACCACAAGAGAAGCGUUUUGCUUUGGAGGAUCCCGCUGGGGAGGUGGCGGUGGCCCCGGCGCUGGAGAAGGGGUGUCUGGACAGCCCGGUUCAUCGAGCAGAGCGUGACAUCCCACACAAAGCGCAACCUGAGAGGGAAAUCGAACGUGAGCAGUUCUUGAACCAGCCUAAUGAGGAAUCCCUGGAGGCAAUAGCCAAGGAGCUGGAGACAGAGCUUGAGCAAGAGAAAAUGCAUUUAUUGCAAGCAAAGAAGGAGAAGAUUCAGCAGUUCCAGGAGGAGAUGAGGCAGCAGGAGCACGAGGAAGCUCAGAAGCUUCAUCAGCAGAAAGAAGAAUCCCUCAGGGCUCUGCAGGAAGACCUGGCCAAGGUUUCCAAGGAGGAAGAGUCACGUAUCAGAAAGGAAGAAGCUGAGAGGCUCUCGAAGCUGCGAGCCCAAAUCAUCUCGGAGACUGAGGCAGAAAAGGAGAAGAUGAGGGCAGAGCAAGAGGCCGCACUGCAGAAACUGCGAGAAGAGUGGGAGUCCCAGCAGGCGAAGGAGAGGGAGAACCUGGAGAGGAAGCAGCAGCUUGCGCUGGAGAAGAUGAAGCUGGAGACGAAGGAGGCUCAGCAGAAAGAGAUGACCGAGCUGGAACAAGAGAAGGACCAGUUCCUGCGUGAGCUCAGGGAGAGGUUAGACAGGGACAAGAAGAAGGCAGUGGAAGAGCUGGAGAAACAGUUUGCGACUGAACUCCAACAGCUGAAAUCUGCAGCGGAAGAGAAGCACCAGAAGGUCAUUUCCAGCCUGCAAGCCCAGAUAGCAGAGGCACAGCGGAGCGAGGAGGCUCAGCUGCGCGACAGCUUGCAGAGAGCGGAGCAGAAAGUGCAGCAGAAAGCCUUCCAAGUGCUGGAAUACGAACGCGAGCUCAGCGAGCUGAUGAGAGAGAAGCGGCAGGAAGUGGAAAAAGACCAUGAGAGGAAGAUGGAGAGGAUGAAAGAGGAGCAGCAGGAGGCCCUGGCGCGGCUCCGGGAUCAGUGUGAGGAGGAGGAGAGAAAGCAGAGAGCGGAGCUGCUGGAAGGCCUGCGGAGCGAGAAGCGGCGGCUGCAGCAGGUGCACGAGGCGGAGGUGAAGGCGGCGCGGGCGGAGCUGGAGGGGCGGCUGGCGGCACUGCAGGGCCGGCACAGGGAGAAGGAAAGACAACUCCAGGAUUCAGAAAAUGAGCUUGAAAUGCGCAUGAAGAACGUCAAGGCCAGGUCGGCGCAGCUCCUCAGCCAGGAGGAGUCGCUGAGAAAGAAGCGGCAGCAGCUGCUGGAUGAGGACAGACAGACCGAGCUGGAGAGAGACGAAGCGGCUUUAGCCUCCCGGCUGCGCCUGGAGGAGAGCAGGAAGGAGCACGCCGGCCUCCUCGCGUCCCUGCGGCAGCUGCGGCGCUCUCUGGAGGAGCUGCAGGACCAGAAAGCCGAGCUGGAGGCCCAGGUCGAGUUGUUACAGACCCGAAGCCAGAGGCUGCAGAAACGCGUCAGCGAGCUGGAGGCAGCCGUCAGGAGCAAACAGGAGGCUCUGAAGGAGCUGGAGGCAGAGGAAAGCGUGGACUGUCCGAGAAGGAAAGCUGAGCUCCACGUGGAGGAUCUGAGAGAAACUCCUCAAGCUCAGUCACCCAGAGAGCCUGCUUCCCCGCCCUCUCACAGCCACGAGGACAGUGACCUCCAGUUUGACCACAUCAGGAGCUUCAUAUCUGCCGAGGGGAUCUCCAUCAGGAACGCCAAGGAGUUCCUGGUGCGCCAGACGCGCUCCAUGCGCCGGAGGCACACGGCCCUGCGCGCGGCGCGGCAGCGCUGGCAGCGGGAGCUGCGGGAUGCGCAGGAGGCGGCACGGGAUCCCCGCAGCUCCCAGCUGCUGGAGGGCGUGCGCAGGAACCUGGAGGAGGAAGCCAAGCAGUUGGACAAGAUGAAGUCGGCCAUGCGGAAGGGACAGGUGCUGCUGAAGAAGAAGGAGGAGAAGCUGAGCCAGCUGGAGUCCUCGCUGCUGGAGGAGCUUUCAGACGAAGACACACUGAAGAGCACUGCGUGGAAGAAAGCGGUGACUUUUGAUCUUAGCAGCUCCGAGGACACAAACAGCUCAUCCAGUGUAAAUCGACAUCAACCUAAAAUUGACUUGAGAAGCUCCUUGCAGCCUGUGCCCCAGCCAGACAAGAUCCAGUACCUGUCAGACUCUCUGCGGCGCAUCACUGGUGAACUGAACGGUGUCCUCGGCCUCUUGGACUCCCUGAGCACCGGGCAGCCUCCGCUCGUCCCCGCCGUGCCCUGCAGCAGUGUCCCUCUCUCCACGUACGUGUCCCUGGGCGGGCUGCGGGCCGGGGACUCCCCGCUGCCCCCGUGGGCCCAGGGCGCUGUGCCGGGCUCUGCUCACACCUUGGCAGCCAGGCAGUCGGUGGACAGCGUGCUGGCAGAGAAAUGGCACAAGUAUUUCCCAGAUGGAUUCCCGUGGCACAGUGGAAGUUCCAAGCCUCUGGAGAACAAGCUGGGAUACGUACCUGCAGGUGAGCAGAUACGGCUGUUCCAGCACUCCCAGCUCCAGAGCCGUGAGCCAGACAAGAUGAGUAUCAAAGGAAUGAUUGAGACCAACAAGAAAUGGCUUGAAGACCUCAAGAAGGAUGCCACAGUACCGCUCUUCCCGGGCACACAGAAGGCCCCUGCCAGCAACCCCAACCUCCUUCAGCUCGGACUGGAUGAAAGCAGACAAAUUAAAGUGUAUCAUUACUGAAAGGUGGGACUUGACUCUGGAGAGAUGGUUGCAGAGGCCUGUGCAGGGUUUCAGCCAUCUCUGCUGUGUCUUUGUGCUGUGCCCUUGAGAUAAAGUCUCUCUACAAGAGAGCAGAGGAAGGAGGAAUUGAACUUCCCAGGUGGAUUUUUCUAAUCCUGUAAGGUGUCCAAAUAUACUUUAUAGACUGUUUAAUCCAGUGGUGAAAUAUCAGGGCUUCCUUAAAUCAACAGUUCUCUCGUUAGUAUUCCGGCAGUCGCGAGCCAGAGCUGUGGAUCGUGGAGUGCGUUGAGUCGGGGGACGUGAAUCCAGCCGAGACGCUGCUGGAGGAAACGUGUCAGUUGGGCCCCCGCGGUGCCCAGCACGUGCUCCAUUGCAGGUGGGCCCGUCGCGUGUGGGCUGGGAGAAGGAACAGCGGGCGGCCGCGCAGUCUGGGACAGAGCGGGGAACGGCAGCUUCUGACUCCUGGGAAAUGCUCCUCGUUUUUGGGGCAGAAAUAACAGCAGCUAAGCCAGGGGUGGCUUUUCAUGGCGGAUCUUUUGGAAAAGCACUCGCUGCUUCCUUGUGCCGCUGUGGCCAGGGCUGAGCUCCUCCCGCGCUGCAAAUGUGCCGAUGGCGCUGCGGGGAGAGCUGGUGCAGGCGCCGUUCAGGAGCGCAGCCUGGUGUGAACGUGCAGCUGCAUCCCGCGCUGCCCUGGGAGCGCUGCCCUCCGCUCCGCACCUGGGCUCGGCUUUCCUAGUGCUGAGCGGGGAACGUGGUAUGUGGUUGUCGCUGUCGGUGCUUCCUCCAAGCUGACUUUAAAUAUUUUACACUCUAAAGAAAUGCUGAGCCACUUGCCACUUUGUCUGAUGAAGAAGUCUGCGUUUUCAGGGAUCCCAUCUGUGGGAAAUGGCCUCUGAAGCUGUUCUCCUCCGAAAUGGCUGGUGCAGGGGAUGAUGGAGCUGCUGCUCCGCGCCGCUCGAGCUGUCUGCGCUCCUUGUGCGGCAGUGUGAAGCAGAACCCCCGCUUUGCUUCCCGGGUGUUGUGCGCUGGCUGGGGAGUGUUUACAUGCAAAUAGAAAUCUAUUUUUGAUGAACACCGUUUAAAAACUCUUAACAAAUCUAUUUUUUUGCUGAUUUUCUUAGGAUUUUUUAAUUACUCGGUCAGCCUUUGGCCGAGGAGGGCUCAGUCCUCUGGUCGGGUCUCUGUUCUCCCACUGUGCACUUGCUGAUGAAGCGCAGGUUCUGAGAACGUCCCGCUGGUGUCCUUGCUGAGGAAACCCCGUCCUGCUGGCUGGGUGAUUUAGGAGGGACCCCGCAGGCCCGGCUUUGUGUAGGCGGGAGGCUGUCAGCCUGGGCCAUGCUGUGAGUCCAGCCCGUGUGUUCAGAGAAGCGCGUAUUCGUAGUGUGGAGAAAUGCCUGCCUCCUUAGCAAUAACUUGGUUUGGAACACAUUCAUUUUUCCUGUAAAAACCUCUGUUAGCGACUGUAUCUGGUUUUUGUACAGCAAUUAAAUCAACACGAGUCUGUUUUGUAUGAUGA